AUGAAGUACUCGGAUACAUUGAUUGCUUUUGCCGCUGUGGCAGCGGCUGCUGCUAUAGACCAAAAGGUUUCGUACGAUGGAUACAAGGUCGUUAGAGUACCGCUGGCCAAUCUGGAGGAAGGCCGAGCUGCGUUGAACCUGAUUGAGGAGAUGGACCUUCAGCCAUGGAAAGCACCCUAUGCCGCUGGCGAUUUCACGGAUCUCAUCCUUUCUCCCAGUCAGAUAGAGCAAUUUGAAAACCGAUAUGCGGCGGCCUCUUUCUCUGGAAUGACUGUCAUGCACGAAGAUUUGGGCUUGUCGAUUGCUCAAGAAAACAACGUGACUGAUACUUACCAGCCUGGAUCGUUGAGCAUGGACUGGUUCUCAGCAUACCACCCAUUCCCAGACCACAUGUCUUGGCUCAAGGACCUACAAGGAAAAUAUUCCAAGAAUUCUGCCAUUAUAAGCGCUGGAAAAUCCACCGAAGGCAACGAUAUGGCCGGCAUCCACAUCUGGGGCUCGGCUAAGGGUAAACCAGCCGUCAUCUUCCAUGGCACUCUCCAUGCUCGAGAAUGGAUCAUUGCCAAGAUCGUGGAAUUUGCCGCUCAGAAGCUUCUCGAAGGACUUGAAAAAGAUGAUGCUAUCAAGGGUUUUCUUGAAAAGUACGACUUCAUCUUCUACCCAAUCAUCAAUCCUGAUGGUUUCAAGUUUACCGCUAGCGAUCGUAUGUGGCGCAAGAACCGUGCCGCUAACGGAGGAGAUAAAUGCAAGGGUGUAGACAUUAAUCGUAACUGGGAUUACAAAUGGGGAGGCCCUGGAGCUUCGCCCAGUACUUGCCACGAGACCUACCGCGGUCCGUCGGCCGCUUCAGAGCCUGAGACCAAAAACGCUCAAGCUUCCAUCAAUAACGUCGCUAAAGACCAGGGUGUUGCCAUGUACAUUGACUGGCACUCUUACAGCCAGCUUAUCUUGGCGCCCUACUCGUACGACUGUAGUGCUAAGCCUCCUAGGCUGGAUGAGCACAUGGCGGUAGUCAGAGCCAUGGCUGAUGGUAUGAAGUCCGCUCAUGGGCAAAGCUACAAAACUGGCCAGACCUGCAGAACUCUUUACCAAGUCUCUGGUGGUAGUACUGACUAUGCCAUGGAUGUCUCCAAGGCCGGGUUGUCCAUAAUUAUCGAGUCGAGAGACACGGGCAAGCAUGGAUUCAUCAUUCCUGCCAAUCUCCUCAGACCAACUGUUGAGGAGUCCUGGGCUGGUACUGUUGCGGCGCUCAAGGCAAUGAAGUGA